AUGAAUCCUUAUAAAGAAAAUGCUAAAUUAUCUUUGGAUUAACUGAUAGAAAAGAGAGUAAGUCUAUAAUAUUAUUAAGUAAGUGUGGAACAGGUAGAUAUUAAAUUUUGGCCUUAUCUAUUUUGGUUUUUAUUGAUUUGAAUGAUGGAUGUGAGUUGAUAUUAAUGAGUUUUCUUAUGCCUAUAUUAAAAACUGAGUGGCAAUUAACAAGCAUGCAAAUCUAAAUCUUAACAAGCAUUUUUUAUUUGGGUAGAGUCUUCAAUUUCAAAAUAGACAAGGAAUGGUAUUAGGUUCUAUAUUGACUGGAUUUGUUGCAGAUAGAAAAGGAAGAUUGAGAUGUAUUUACUUAUCAUGCAUCAUAUAAUUUUUUAUGGCAAACAGCUUUUUGCUUUGUACAAAUUUUUAUCAUAUGAUUUUUGCAAGAUUAGGAUAUGGUUUUGUUUAUGGUAUUUAGUACAAUUAAUUGACAAGGAUUUUCAAUUCCUUUAACAACAACUAUGAUAUCUGAAAUUACUGCACCUGAUGUAAGAGGAAGAUUUUUAAUUGUUAUAAAUUUCUUUGUAUCAGUUGGCAAAAUUUAUGCAUUUUUAUUGGCAUUUUUAUGUUUAGAGAAUUUCAAUUAAGGACAUUGGAGAUUAAUGAUGAGUCUAAGUUCAACAACAUCUUUAAUAGUUGGUAUAUUGGCAUGGAUUUUUUUAAUGGAGAGUCCUAGAUAUUUAAUGGCUAGUGGUUAAGUAGUAGAGGGUUUAAAUAUUAUUGAAGAAAUUAUUCAUAAAAAUUAAAAUAAUAAAGGACUAAUAAGCAGACUAUUUAAAAGUGUAUAACCAGAAGUAUCUUCAGAUCCAUUUAAAGGAUCUAAGUAAAAUUAUCAAUUAUUAAUAUUAGAUAUGGAUAUAUAUCAGCAAAAGAAAGAAUAGCUAUUGAAAAAUGGGUAACUAAAGUAUUCCGUUGUGAAAAUAGAGGAACACUUAGAGAAUUGUUUAAUAAAAAUAAUAAAAGUACAACCAUAAGAUUGUGGAUAAUAUGGUUUUGUAUUAAUUUUGUAAUUUUUGAUAUAAUUAUAUUAGAUGUAUUUUGGAUAAUUACUGAUUUUACCAUUUAUUUUAGGAUCUAAAUAAAAAACAUUUGUAGACUAUUUAACAACUGUUUUAGGUGAAAUACCAUCAAUAAUUUUAUCAUUGUUAAUAGUAGAAAUACCUUUUUUAGGAAGAAGAAAUACAAUGGCAAUCUCAUUUUUUUGUGCAUCAAUAAUGCAUGUUUGGUCUUAUUAUGCUUCUUGGCCUUAUUUUUUUGCUCGAUUCUUUAUGAAAGAAAGUUGGGCUAUGCUUUAUCCAUAUUCUACUGAAAUAUUUCACACAUCAAAUAGAACUUUAGGAUUUGGUAGUAGUGCUGCUGUUGGAAGAAUAGGGGCUGCUAUCUCUCCUUAUAUUCUUAUACCUUUAUUUGAUUAAGAUACACAUUUACCAUUUCUAGCUUUUGCUGUUAGUUCUGUUAUUUCUUUGAUAUCUGCAAUCACAUUACCAUAUGAUACAGUUGGUAAAUCAUUAGAUUUUUAGAAGUAAAUAAAAUUUUAAUAUCUCUAGUUCUGAUGGAGAAGUUGAGAGUAAUAAAGAAGAUGAGAUUAAAGAAAUUAUGAUGGUUUUAAUUGAAAAAAAAAAUUAGAACUGA